CCAAGUCUCUCCAAGGACUCCUACUUUGAUAUGCCCGCGCCGCCUUACAUCCAAUCGGAAACUCCUCGAAAAAGUGGAGCAUCUUUGGGCAGUUACACCCUCAACAACGAGGUGGUUUCUCUCUACUUCCUGGCGCUUUUACGAGCCUAUAUGGAAGCGCAGGACUGCGUCGAGCUGAGUCACUUUCCAGACGCCAAGCAAACAGAAGAGGCAAUGCGACUAGAGGUGAUGAAACGACUGGAACAGAAUGUCUUCAUCUCUUUCGGAGUUCUCUACGUCGUUAUUCAUCUCAUCUUCAUUUUCAUUCUCUGGUUUGAUCAAUUCCUUCAGAAAAACAUGCAAUGGUUGGAAUGUCAGAAGAAUCGUGAUAGCCGAGUCAUCUUAGAUACUCAUGAGGACGUGCUCUUCAACUCACAUGCAAAUAAAGUUGCAGAAAUGCCUUAA